GGACAGCAAAAAACACAGGGUCCUCGGUUGAAGGACCUCGCGGAGAAGUAAACAAAGAAGAUGUUGAGCGAAUUAACAUACAACCAUCGAUUUUAGUCGAAUUGAUUUUAUUACAACGUGUAAUUGAUUACGACACGAUGGGAGAGGAAAAUGAACUGGAAAAGCGUGCGGUAGAGGAGCUCCUAAGGGAGACUGACAGGGCUCGGGUGAGAGCAGAGACCAUGGGCCCUGCAGGAUGGUUGAAGUGUCCCCUGCGGAGCACCAACAAGCGCUUCCUCCUCAACACCCUGCGCUCCACCGGCCUGCAGCGGCGCACCGGUGAGCCCAGAGACGGACACUCCACCGCAAGAGGGCGCCUGAGGAGCGACUCCCCGGACAGGAGUCGCGACCGCAGCAGAACACCUCCCGGAGAUGAUGGAGGCCACACAGACCAUAAACACCAUCACAGGGACAGCUGCAAUAACAAAGAUAAGAAGCAGGAUAGAGACAAAGACAGGAGUUACAGGCACAAAGACCACAGAGACCGGAGACAUGGGAGGGAUGGCCAGAACAGAGACAGACAGACUUUAUGACUUCUGUCCAGGAAGGAGGAACACUGCUUCUUUUACAAAGGCCACUCCUUGUCCAGGGGGCACAGAGACAGUCCUGAAACUGCUCCCUGGCCAGCUAACACACCUGGCAGAUCUGCCAGCAGGCUGAAAGACCUCCUGGCAUGUUGGAAACUGCAUAGAAGAAAGAGCCAAAGACAAGUUUUUAAUCCUGCUGAUGGAGGAGGGUGGAGAAUUGUCUUACGUGGUAGUUUACUGACAGUUCACGUUUGAAGUUUUUCUAGUUGUUGAGGUUUACUUGAUUUAAAUCGCCCAUGAAGCCAGCAGUCAAGAUAAAAAUAAUUUUUAAUGUUUUUUUUCCCAGAUUUUCCACUGAAAUUGGAGUGAAUAAAGUGGCCGUUAUAUCUCAGGAAA